AUGACUGUUAAAGAUAUAUUCUUUAGCAUAAUUGGUGUAAUUGUACCAGGUGGUAUAAGCAAAAAGAAAAAAGCGUCCGAUGAUGGUUUGAAUAAGUUAAAAGAAGAAGUGUCGAUGGAUGAACAUAUGAUUCCAUUACAAGAACUUGUUGAUCGCUUGGACACUGAUAUCGAAAAUGGUUUGGCAGCAGAAAAAGCUCGACAACUACUUACAAAAAAUGGUCCGAAUGCAUUGACGCCACCCAACGAAGUUCCAGAGUGGGUCAAAUUCUGUAAAUUACUUUUUGGUGGUUUCUCUGCUCUAUUAUGGGUUGCAGCUAUUCUUUGCAUAAUUGCUUAUGCUGCUUCUAUCGCAUCAGAUCCCACCACGACCAAGGAUAAUUUAUGGUUGGGUAUUGCUCUAUUGGUUGUCGUUAUUGUCACAGCAAUAUUUGCGUAUUAUCAAGAAUCAAAAGCAGGAAAAAUUAUGGAAUCAUUUAAACAAAUGGUUCCUCAGAGUGCCAAUGUAUUGCGUGAUGGUCAAAAAGUAGAAAUAUCUGCCGAAGAAUUAGUUAUUGGUGAUAUUGUUUUUGUCAAAGUUGGAGAUAAAACUCCUGCAGAUAUUCGAAUCCUUUCAUCUCAAGGUUUUAAAGUAGACUAUUCAUCAUUAACGGGUGAAAGCGAACCAUUAACCCGUUCACCUGAUUUUACAGAUCAGAAUCCAUUAGAAACAAAAAACCUUGCUUUUUAUAGUACGUUUGCUGUCGAAGGUUCGUGCACUGGAUUGGUUAUUCGGACGGGUGAUAACACUGUUAUGGGUAGAAUAGCUAAAUUAGCCAGUGGUGUUAGCAAUGAAAUAUCUCCGUUAAAUAUUGAAAUAAAUCAUUUUGUUAAUAUGGUAACAAUAGUGGCUUUUAGUUUUGGAAUUAUAUUUUUAAUUGUUUUAAUAAGUCUUAAUAUGGGUGUUUUACGUGCAAUUGUUUUUGUUAUUGGCAUUAUUGUAGCAAAUGUUCCUGAAGGUCUUUUAGCAACAAUAACUGUUAUGUUGGCAUUAACUGCUCAAAGAAUGGCUCGAAAAAAAUGUUUAGUUAAAAAUUUAACAGCUGUCGAAGCAUUAGGAAGUGUUUCAGUGAUUUGUUCUGAUAAAACUGGAACAUUAACACAAAAUCGAAUGACUGUAGCACAUUUAUGGUUAGAUGGAACUAUUGCUGGUGUUAGUCUUUCACAUACGCAUCCUGCUCAAGUAGCUUUUGAAAAUCCAAUAAUUGAUUCAAUAACUGGUGAACAAGUUAUUCAAGUUGAACGAAACCGAUCAAGUUAUGAAGCUCUUUUAAGAUGUGCUAUGCUUUGUGCAAAAGCUGUUUUUAAGACUGAUGAAGAUAAUUUAAAUAAACCUCCAUUACAAAGACUUGUUAAAGGUGAUGCCAGUGAAACAGCUAUUCUUCAAUUUACUGAACUUGCUGUUGGCAAAGUUGAAGAUUAUCGAGCAAAAAAUCCACCUGUUUGUGAUAUUCCAUUUAAUAGUACAAAUAAAUAUCAAGUAUCAAUUCACGAAACCAAUGAUCAAGAUCAACAAUAUUUACUUGUGAUGAAAGGUGCACCAGAGAGAAUUGUUGAACGAUGUUCGAAAAUUUUUAUUAAUAAUAAUGAAUAUGAUCUUGAUGAUGAAUGGAAAGAUAAAUUUAAUGAUGCAUACACGACAUUAGGUGGAUUAGGUGAACGAGUUCUCGGAUUUUGUGAUUCACGUUUACCAUUAGAUACAUUUCCUCGAGGAUUUACAUUCGAUUCGGAUAAUCCUAAUUUUCCACUUAAUGAUUUACGUUUUUUGGGUUUUAUAGCAAUGAUCGAUCCACCACGACCUGGAGUUUCUGAGGCUGUACAAAAAUGCCGCACAGCAGGAAUUAAAGUUAUUAUGGUUACAGGUGAUCAUCAGGUUACAGCUAAAGCUAUUGCAAAAAGUGUUGGGAUUAUUACUUCAGAUACAGGUUUUCUUUAG